UUUUUUUACAUUUUUCUCUUCUCUUUCUGUCAUUUCCUUUUUCUUAAAAGGUCUCAUUCAACUGUUCGGGUCCCUCUGAAGUCAAAGUUCCAAUCUUUUCCGCAAUCACAAUUCUGGGUCUUCAUUUUUUUUUUGUUUUCCAUCGAUCUACUUAGCGAGGUUCUGAUUGGGGUUUGGUUGAAACUUUCAUCAGUGAGAGAAAAAAUGGAUAACAACAAAAAUAGGCAUCAUGGUGGUGAUGGCAAUUUGGGUGUGAACAAAAUGGGGAAGAAUAUAAGGAAGAGCCCUUUGCAUCAGCCCAAUUUUGGUAACAAUGGGACUUCUGCCGCCGUGGCCGCGGCUGCUAUGGGUGCUAGACCUCACCAGCCUCAGCCUCAGGUUUACAACAUUAGCAAGAAUGACUUCAGAGAUGUUGUUCAGCAGCUUACUGGCUCACCCUCACUCAACAAUGCUACUCCGCCGAGGCCUCAGCAGAAUUCGCCGAAGCCACAGAGUAUGCGGCUGCAGAAGAUUAGGCCUCCCCCUUUGACGCCGAUAAGUAGGCCUCCUCUGAGGCCACCAAUGCCUGCGCAGGCCCCGGCCGCAGCCCCUGCCGGCCCUGCAAUGGUUCCGUAUAAUAAUAAUAACAAUGCUUUGCAUAGGCCUGGUCAAUUUGGACAGCCUGCACUGAAUCCUCCUUUGCAUCAUCCAGGGGACAUGUGGGCUAAUACGGCCGAGUCGCCUAUCUCGGCUUACAUGAGAUACCUGCAAAAUUCAAUGAUGGAUCCUGGGUCAAGGGGGUCAAGGGGUAACCAAAUGCAGCCUCAGUCUCAGCCUCAUGGGAAUGCUCAGCAUCAGUUUCAGCAGCAUCCUCAUCAACCACCACCUGGUCAGGGGAAUGUGCAGCCUCCGAAUCCACCUUCAUCCGCUUUGAUUCCUAAUCCUCAUAUGCCUCCUAUGAUGCCCUCAUCAAGAUUCAAUGGUCCACAUCCUCCAAUGAAUGGAACUAACCCGCUUGUGCCGAGUAUUCCUUCUCCACAACCAAAUGGCCCUCCCGUCUUACCUUCUCCGACAUCUCAAUUCUUGUUACCCUCGCCAACCGGUUACAUGAGUUUCUUGUCCCCUCGUUCUCCUUAUCCGCUGCUGUCACCCGGAGUUCAAUUUCCAACUCCUUUAACACCCAAUUUCCCUUUCUCACCCUUUGGACAGUCAGGGCUUUUCGGCCCUGGCCCUCAAACUCCAGUUUCUCCAGGCCUAUUUCCGAUAUCCCCUUCAGGCUUCUUUCAGAUGGCAAGUCCUAGGUGGAGAGAUCAAUAACCUUCAUCUCCGGCUGCAUGCUUAUCGGUGGCGCUUCAUUCUAACCGAACUGAUCGUAGUUCUUGAUAGAAUCUUUGUUCAUUGGCAAUGCUAUGUACAAUCCAACUUUUCAGCUGCUUUUAGGUGUCUCCAUUUUCUCAUUCCUUUUGUUUUGUCUUUCUUUAUGACUAAUAAUGGCUGCAACCUGCAACCCUUUUGCAUUGACAAGCUUUUGCAUUAGGUGAUUUGUUUGAAGAUUAGAAAGGACAAGGAGGACUCAGCUAUAUAUAAUAUGAAAGCAAGUAGGGUUACAAACAAUAUUUGUUAUUUUAGGGUAGGUCAUGCUAUCUUUAUUUUUUAUUUUUUGGGUAAUAUAAUGGAUUGGAUUGGAUUGCAUAGUUGUUUGAUGUCUUAAUUUAUUUUCAUUCUAAUAUCAAGCAGUUUCUCAUUU